GGUCUCCUCCACACAUCAACCGGUAGAAAAUAUAAAGAUAAAGCGCUAACGGUGUGCAGAAGACCGGCACCAGGUGAAAUGGACGAACCUUCGGAACAAAUGAGGCCCCUCUUGAGAACAGGUCUGGAUGAGGAGGCAAUAGUUGACCAUGGGAAGACCAGCUUCACCACUCACACAAACUAUGAAAAGGAAGAUUUGGAAAGCCACAGAGCAGUGUAUGUAGGCGUCCACGUUCCUCUCGGAAGGGAGAGCAAACGGAGGCAUCGCCACCGAGGACACAAACACCACCGAAAGAAGAAAGAGAGAGAGUCUGAGGAGGGGAAGGAGGAUGGCAGGGAAUCCCCCACUUAUGACACGCCAUCCCAGCGGGUCCAGUUCAUCCUGGGUACAGAGGACGAUGACCUCGAGCACGUCCCCCAUGACCUCUUCACUGAGCUGGAUGAGCUCUCCUUCAGAGAUGGCAGUGCCACUGAAUGGAAGGAGACUGCCAGAUGGCUAAAGUUUGAAGAGGAUGUGGAAGAUGGUGGGGAGAGGUGGAGUAAGCCCUAUGUGGCUACGUUGUCACUACACAGUUUAUUUGAACUGCGUAGCUGCAUUCUCAACGGCACAGUCAUGCUGGAUAUGAGGGCCAACAGCAUUGAGGAAAUUGCGGACAUGGUGAUAGACAGCAUGGUAGCAUCAGGCCAGCUGAAGGAGGAUUUGCGCUCCAAGGUGCGGGAAGCCAUGCUGAAGAAACACCACCACCAGAAUGAGAGAAAGCUCAGCAAUCGUAUCCCUCUGGUGCGCUCCAUUGCUGACAUAGGCAAGAAACAUUCUGACCCACUCUUGCUUGAAAGAAACGGAGAGGGCCUGUCCUCUUCACGUCUCUCUCUCCACAAGCCAGGGGCAGCUUCCUCUGUCUCCAACCUCUCCCAGAGACGAGAGUCCAGAGUCUCCGUCCUGCUCAACCAUCUCCUGCCCUCUUCUUCCUCCAACACUGGCCCCUCGUCCCUCACCACCCCUCAAAAUACCCCUGAUUCCUUCCGGUGCUCUUCCCAAAGCCUGUCACGCACCCAUGGCGCAGGCCCUGGCCCUCAAGGCAUCCCUGAGGUAGUGGUAUCGCCACCAGAGGAUGACGAUCCACCGACCUCUGUAGAAGAAGAGGCAGCAUCACCACAGCUCAGACGACGAGCGUCCUCGGCAUCCCAGGGCCUUGAGCUGCUGCCCUUAGAAGGACCACUGGUGUCUCCAAACUCUGUCCCAAACAACCUGGAUGGCAACAAGGCAGCGGAGAGGAGGCCGUCCAAAGUAGGGGUCAGUAGAGAAAGCAGCAGUGUCGACUUCAGCAAGGUGGACAUGAAUUUCAUGAAAAAGAUUCCCCCGGGUGCUGAGGCGUCCAACGUACUGGUUGGAGAAGUGGACUUUCUGGAGAAGCCCAUAAUUGCUUUUGUACGACUGUCCCCUGCAGUCCUAAUCACAGGCCUCACAGAGGUGCCUGUGCCCACGAGGUUUCUUUUCCUGCUUUUGGGUCCUCAUGGCAAAGGGCCCCAGUACCAUGAGAUUGGCAGAUCCAUGGCUACGCUAAUGACAGAUGAGAUAUUCCACGAUGUGGCAUACAAGGCGAAAGACCGAACGGAUCUCCUCUCGGGGAUAGACGAGUUCCUCGAUCAAGUGACUGUCCUGCCUCCUGGAGAAUGGGACCCCACAAUCCGGAUUGAGCCCCCCAAGAAUGUCCCAUCUCAGAUGAAGAGGAAGAGGCCGUCUCAGCCCAACGGCACUGCGUCUCCAGCUGGAGAGCUGGAAAAAGAGGAAGACCAUCACGCAGGGCCUGAGCUGCAGAGGACCGGGAGGAUAUUUGGUGGUCUGAUCCUGGACAUCAAGCGCAAGUUACCAUUCUACUGGAGCGACAUCAGGGACGCCCUCAGUCUGCAGUGUCUAGCCUCCAUCCUGUUCCUCUACUGCGCCUGCAUGUCCCCAGUCAUCACAUUUGGAGGUCUGCUUGGGGAGGCAACAAAAGGCAACAUCAGUGCCAUAGAGUCUCUAUUUGGGGCCUCACUGACAGGAGUGGCAUACUCCAUGUUUGCAGGACAGCCCCUCACUAUUCUUGGCAGCACAGGUCCUGUUUUAGUUUUUGAAAAGAUCCUUUUCAAGUUCUGCAAUGACUAUGACCUGUCGUACCUGUCGCUGCGGACCAGCAUUGGUCUGUGGACAGCCUUCCUUUGUUUGGUCCUGGUGGCCACAGACGCUAGCUCCUUGGUCUGCUACAUCACCCGAUUCACAGAGGAGGCCUUCGCUGCGCUCAUCUGCAUCAUCUUCAUCUACGAGGCUCUAGAGAAGCUCUUUCACCUCGGAGAACACUACCCUGUCAACAUGCACAAUGACUUGGAAAACCUCACCCAGUAUUCGUGCCAGUGCUCCGCACCAGUCAACGCCUCAGAUAAGAUGAUGCAGAAGUGGAACCAGACAGGAUACAGCCCAGACUCUAUUCCAUGGAGUAGCCUCAAUGUUUCGAUGUGCAAGAAGCUCCAUGGGGAGUUUUUGGGUCCUGCCUGCGGUCAUCAUGGGCCCUACAUCCCAGAUGUUCUUUUCUGGUCCAUCAUCCUCUUCUUCACCACCUUCUGCCUAUCCUCCUUCCUUAAGCAGUUCAAGACGGAGAGAUAUUUUCCCACCAAGGUGCGAUCCACUAUCAGUGAUUUCGCUGUGUUUAUAACCAUCAUGAUCAUGGUGCUGGUGGACUAUCUAAUGGGGAUCCCCUCUCCUAAGCUGAAUGUCCCUGACCGCUUUGAGCCAACUUCAAAGAACCGAGGCUGGCUGAUUGACCCGUUAGGAGAAAAUCCCUGGUGGACGCUGCUGGUGGCGGCACUUCCUGCCCUGCUCUGCACCAUCCUCAUCUUUAUGGACCAGCAGAUCACUGCAGUCAUCAUCAACCGCAAGGAGCACAAGCUCAAGAAAGGCUGUGGCUAUCACCUGGACCUGCUGAUAGUGGCCCUUAUGCUGGGUGUGUGCUCCAUCAUGGGCCUGCCGUGGUUCGUGGCUGCAACCGUCCUCUCCAUCUCCCACGUUAACAGCCUGAAGCUGGAGUCUGGCUGCUCUGCUCCAGGAGAGCAGCCAAAGUUCCUGGGCAUCCGGGAGCAGCGGGUCACUGGAUUCAUGAUCUUUGUCCUCAUGGGUUGUUCUGUUUUCAUGACCUCAGCGCUCAAGUUUAUUCCUAUGCCAGUCCUGUAUGGAGUCUUUCUAUACAUGGGUGUCUCUUCCCUCAAAGGCAUUCAAUUUUUCGACAGAAUCAAGCUGUUCGGCAUGCCUUCCAAGCACCAGCCUGAUCUGAUCUAUCUGCGCUAUGUGCCGCUGUGGAAGGUCCACAUCUUUACCCUGGUGCAGCUCACCUGUUUGGUGCUGCUCUGGGUCAUCAAGGCCUCUGCAGCAGCUGUUGUGUUUCCCAUGAUGGUUCUGGCGCUGGUCUUUAUCCGAAAACUUCUAGACUUUUUCUUCACCAAGCGAGAGCUGAGCUGGCUCGAUGACUUGAUGCCAGAAAGCAAGAAGAAGAAAGAGGACGACAAGAAAAAGAAAGCACGUGAAAAGCUGGAAGCCGAGUCCCGACUGCAGGACGAAGAGGAGAUGGAGCUGAAGGUCAGCUUUGAAGGCUCGAACCGGCUCAACAUCCCUGUGAAAACCCUCUCGGGGAGUUCUGAUUCUGACCCCUUGGUUGUAAAUAUCUCUGAUGAAAUGGACAAAACCGCAGCGUGGAAAGCCGUGAACUCGAGUGCAGAGUCAUGUGCCCAACCCAUGAAGCGUAGUGAAAGCCAGGAAAAGGUGGCCUGUGUUAGAGUCGAUGUCAGCCCAGAGACGCCAGGAGGGGGCUCCACUGCCGAGACCUUCCUGUGAUGAAGCGAGGCCCUCCUUACCCUCCUGAUACCUUGUCCCACUCAACACCCCCCCCCCUGCUGACGGGCACCAUCUUAGUGGCAAAGGGGGCAUAGAACUGGAGCAGCACGACCUGCCUGCAGUGUUCCCCUCUUCAGGCCAGCAGGCGAGCUCCCCCAGGGCUGUGAGUCCUACUCCACUCUGUCUGGAAGCGUGCAGCACACGUACAAACAGCCGCCACAACGCACUAUUGAGCGCACAUGAAGGAAUUCUGCUGUUAUUGCCCACCGACGCUCAUUGUUUAAAAACUCUCUCAGUCUAGCAAUUUCUCAACCAUUCAAACCACAGAUGCCAAAGGAACGGGCCUCACUGGUGGGGAUCUUGGACUGCGUGAAUUGAAUUUUUCUUUGAAUCCGCUGUAUAUUUUAAUGUUUUACCGUUUUAGCUGUUUACAGUGUUGUACAUUUUGGAUUCUUCGUAGCUCAUACACGUGAGCUGUCCUGCACUGUCUGUUUCCAUGUAUUUUAGGUCCAGCUACGACCUUUCAUACAACUACACCAGCUUCAAAAAACUCAUUUGAUUAAAGCCAUUCAGGUAUCGUCAGUGUCAGGCGAUCAUGUUUCGUAAUUAGUCUGGCACAGUAAAUGACACAAACCAAAAGAGAGGUACAUUCAGACACUACGGCACCACAGUACUACUGCAUACGUACAUCUUUGUAGAAUUUGCUCAUGCAUCGUCUCUGCCGUCUGCAGGGAAACACUCAGUAUUUAUAUUGCUGCUCAUGAGUCGGUCAGUUGUUUUCACUGUAAACCUCACUGUUCAUAUUGUGUGUGAUGUUAUAGAAAUAUCAUUGUAACAUAAUAGAAAACCUACUUCAGAGGCCAUAUGAAGUCUGUACUGUACAGUAAGCACUUUGCCAGUAUAGUUUCUUACUUAAAAUGGGUUAUAGUGUAUCAAUAAAAAGGUUACUUUGCCUCCCACCGUACCUGUAGAGCUGUUGUUCAAAUGUCAGUUAAACAACUCAGGAAUCUUGCAUGAUUUCUGACUUUGGUCACCUGAUAUUUUUGUCACAAGGCAGUGAUAAUUAACUAUUCCACUGUAUUCCUCUCAUCGCUGGUAUCACACCUAUUUUAAUAAAUGCUCUAAAUCAUAACUUAUAGUAAGGUGCAAAACAGAAAAGAGAAUAUUCAUGACCCCGGUUAGUUGCACCUGUUUUUAUACUGUCUGUAUUAUUGCUGGUAAUUGUGUGUGUGAGCGUGUGUGUGCGUGUGGUGUAAAGAUAAUUUGGUAUGUCAAGCGUUGCAAAUCAUUUUAUGCAAAAUAUUUCUACAGUAAAUGUAAAAACUAUUAUAUUCUAUGAAGUUGUUCUUAUUUUGCUAAGUGCGGUCUCUGUUUUAGCAAUAAACAUCCCAUACUGUGCAAUGUAUGGACUCAUGAACUUAGCUAAUAUUCAGGCAAAGAGUAACUCGUGGAAUGGUUUUAGUGUCUGUUUCAUCGGCUCUGUCUGCGUGUAGCUACAGUGACUCUACAGACAAUAGCUUACGUGCCUUGUGGAAGCUCUUUAUGUCUUGUACUGAUAAAUUUAAGUGUUCAGAACAGGUGUACAGGUACACACAUACACACAUGGUGGCACACAAAUCCCAAAGACAGACCAUCAUGACUUCGUAAGAGUGAACCAGUACAUGGCUCAUCAGCAGAGGCUUAGGUCUGUUGCAGUGUUAUUCCACGUCUGUGUGAAAGCCUGAAUACUGUGUCCGUGUGUGUGUUCGCUCACAACAUUGAAGCUCUGUAAUCUGUGCUAAGCUACUGCUUUUUUGAAUGAUCAGUAAAUGUCAAAUUAUUGUACUGUCAACAUCAAAAAUGAAGUCAGUGACAUUUUGCCAAACUUGUAUUUUCUAAAAACUAAAUCUUAAGUUUGAAUUCAGUCACAGAUACUUCACAUGUUACUUCCCUACACAUGCUGUAUAUUUGAUAGAAAAAUGUGACUUGUCUGAUGGGUGGAGUCAUCACAAUAAACAGAACAUCCACCAACUAGGUACUUGUAAUGUCAUAAUAAUGUUUAUUUUGAUGAAAAAUACCCUAUUUUCACAUGGCAUCAGUUUCAAUAUCAGUAUAUAUAUGUGUGUGUUUUAGAGCUGGAUAAACUGUCAACAAAAAGAUGGAGAUUUUACCCUCCGUCGUCACUACGUAAUCAUGCAUUUGUUCUGAUGUACAGACACAUAACAUCAGUGAAGCACGUAGCAUCCUGUUGUUAGCUUGAACGAUGACUCUUUUGUCACUGCCGAUUGGUGCAAAGCAA